AUGCCGGUCGGAAAAAUAUUUGAAUUCAAUCCAAAUACAGACGAUUUUGAAUCAUGGGCAGGAGUCCUCACAAAUUAUUUGCUAGCAAAUGAGAUUGAUGAAGCUAGAGGAGAUGCAGCUAUGAAAAGGAAAGCAAUAGCCAUCUUACUACCAUCAAUAGGCGUGUCAACGUAUGGACUUCUUCAAAGCUUAGUUUCGCUAGCCAAACCAGAGGAAAAAACAUUUGGAGAGCUUAUUGAAGUACUCAAAAAGCAUUAUAAGCCUACACCAAAAACAAUUGCAGAGAGAUAUAAGUUUUAUAAACGGAUUCAACAGCCAGGAGAGUCAAUAAAUAUCUAUCUUUCCGAGCUGCGUAAAAUAGGCGUAACAUGUAUUCGUUCUGAAGCAGUACAAAAACGUUUAUUUCUUGAGGAUGACAACCUAACCUUAGAUAUGGCUGUCAAAAUCGCUACUAGUCAAGAAGCAGCCGAUAGUAGUACCCAGUUAAUACGGCACAAUAAUAGUCUUACUACCGUUAUAGAUCAGACUAAUAAGGUUAAAUCUUCAUCACCUAAACAAUAUCAGUAUACGAAUAAAAAUCCUGUCAAAAUUAAGCAAGGAAAAUUAACAUGUUCCGGUUGCGGAGAGAAACAUAUAAAAAAAGAUUGCCCACAUAAGGAAGUUAUUUGCCAUCGUUGUAAUAAAUCCGAUCACUUUGCACGUCGAUGUCUAUCACAGCCUAAAGGUGAAGGAGGAGAAGGGAAGCAUAAAACAAAUCAGAUUAACAACGUCAAACAAGUAUCGCAUGAUAGUCCUAUCAUGAUUAACGUUCGUUUAAACGGAAUUCCAAUGGAUUUGGAAUUGGAUACUGCAUCAGAGGAAUUCAGCGAUGUUUUUGAUAAACCGGUCGGAACUAUUAAGGAUUUUAAAGCCAAGUUGAUACUUAAAGAAGAUGCUACUCCUCGCUUCUUUAAAUCACGUCCCGUUCCAUUUGCUUUACGAGACAAAGUAGAUGAAGAACUUGAGAAAAUGGAAAAAUCCGGUGUCAUUAGUCGUAUUGAAACAUCGGAAUGGGCUUCGCCAUUAGUAGUAGUAUCAAAACCUAAUGGAGCGAUUCGCAUCACAGGAGAUUUCAAGCGUACCAUAAACAACCAAUUACAUGUUCAACAAUAUCCGCUCACAAGAGUCGAGGAAAUAUUUGAGUCAAACUUUUACUAA